UUACUCACUCGUCAUUCGCAUUCUCAAGUUCGUUCUGUUUGAGAUAUCCGCGUCUCAGGUUCUCCCGAAGCUCUUUCGCCUGCGUUUUGCCGACGCCUUCGCUCGAUUGUUGAUCCCACAGUGCCAUUUUUGUGCGAUUAAAAUUUUAGUGGCGUUUCUAUAACUCCUUGUUCACUGAUUCCUGGAAUAAUUUAGUCAUUGCAGCACCGGCCGGCGUACCAUGUCUUUGUGAAUAGCCGGGUGGAAGUGCGGGAUAUUGUAUUUUCGGAAAAAUGAACAACGGAAAUUCAGGAUCGUUGGGGGGACACAACGGAGAUGAUUCUGGCAUUUAUGAUCAAGAUGGGAACCCGGGGGAAACCUCCGGACACUCGUCCAACUCUGCGGAUGCCUCAGCACAAGCCGAGAAUCGUAGACGGAUAUCAAUUUCAGAGUACAAACAAAGAGGAAAGAAGCCAGAGGAAGCUGCGUUGAAUACUUCUGCCAGCAACCUCAACAACAACGACAUCAACUUCAGAAUGGCCCCGAACCCCCCUCCCCCUCCUGCCCCCGCCCCCCCGCCAGUGCGAAAUCCCCCCCACCAGAACGGUCAGAUAGUCUUCAACAGUAUCGAAGACUACUACGCACACAUCUACUGCCUCUCAAACCAGGGCCAGCUCCCAACCCUCUCCCAAGUCCAGGCUCACCUUCACCCCCAAGUGAACCCUCCCCUCCCCUCAAUGCCAGCCCCCGCCAUCCCCGAGCCGCCCCCCAGCACAUCCUAUCCCCCUUACUGGGGUCAACCCCCCCAGCCUCCACCAAGAAACUCCAUCGACUCACGAAUGCACAAGGUCGACGAGUGGAUCACUCCAAAUUCUCGAUUCCUGCCCUCGAAGUGCUCUUUUCAAGUCUCCAUGCACAAUGGCGAGUCCCCAACCCCUAGAUUCCCCCCUCCCCCGCCCCAGGAGAAGACACCAAAGAUAACCCGAGCGUCAGACCUCAACGACCCCAGCCAGGCAACUUCGUUCGCAGAAUGGAGGAAAAGAAAAUAUGGGACUGAGGAUGCCCCCACCCCUACGAGCACCAACAGUUCGAAAUUCCGGAGGACUGACUCCUGGAGGGACAAGGGAGGCCCUCGAAAUGAUCGUCGAGGUCGUCAGGGUCAGAAGAAUCAGGGCGGCUGGGACAACUCAGCGUCAGGGUCAGGGUCGGGCGCAGCUGCAAGUGCUUUGGACUCUUGGGAUGACGAUUCAACUGUUAAACCCCAGAGCUCAGGGAAUUUGGAGUCUUGGGACGAUGAGGCUCCAGCUCCAGCUGCGAGUAAUCAGACUCUGGACUCGUGGGACGAUGGACCAGCGCCAGAACCCAACAAGAAUCUCCAGAGUAAUCUCGACAGCUGGGACGACGACACACCAGCGCCUGUGGCUAACAAGAAUUUAGAGAAUUUGGAGUCUUGGGACGAUGACACUGCAGCCCCUGGACCCAGCGCGGUUCCACCGAGUGUCCAGAGUAUUCCGGAGUCUUGGGACAAUGAGCCACCGAGGAACUAUGGGUCCUGGGAGGCCGGUUCUGCGCAGAGGAAACCCAAACCAAUGCCGAAGGCAGCGCAGAACGGUCUGGAGUCCUGGGACGACGACGAGGCACCACCUGUUCCCAGCGCCAAUUGGGGUAACACUUCAGCUCCCCCUCCACCAAAACCCUCUCAGGAUGGUUUAGAAUCCUGGGACGACGACGAGGCACCACCUGUACCCAGCGCCAAUUGGGGUAACACUUCAGCCCCCCCUCCACCAAAACCCUCUCAGGACGGUUUAGAAUCCUGGGACGACGAGGCACCUGCACCUCAAGCCUCCAAUGAAGUCCUGGACUCCUGGGACGACAAUCCCCCGCCACCGCCACCUGCCAAUCCACCACCUGACUCCUGGGACUCAGGUAAUCAACCCUCGAGGAGUAACGGCUGGGGUUCCAACCGAUCCCAGAGGAACUUCCGAGACAACAGGAAUUAUGGGAACAACUCUAGAAACGACUCGAAUCACCGAUCGAGGAGUGGCUCCAGGGACAACUCUGAACCCCAUAAAUUUAGACGUGACUACAGGGGAGGCAGCAGAUCCAGCGACAACUCAGACUCCGGUUACUCGAAUCGUCAGGGGUUUCGAGGGAACAGGGGGAGACAGCGAUCUGACUCUCGUGAGUCUGGCAACUGGGGGAGAAACAACUCCAGAGAUAGAUCUGAAAAUCGUCCCUGGAACAAUCGAAACAACUUUGGCGACAGGAACAAUGACAGGAGGAAUUCAAGGUCUUCCUGGGGACAGCCUGAGCCACCACCAGCGCCCCCUGCUGACACCACUGGAGAGUCCUGGGACGACGACGUGCCAACACCUCAACCCAGCCAACAGUUUCCUGUGUCUUGGGGAAGGCAGAAGACGAGUCAAAAUGCUCAGGAUUCCUGGGAUAAUUCCUCUGGACAGAGCAGAAACUACGGGAAUUCGAGUGGUCCAGCCGAGCCUCUCAGUGCUGAGGGUCUGGAGUCUUGGGAUGAUGAUGUGCCUCCCCCAGAGGCUAGGAAGAAUCCCGAGGAAGUGCCUCCAGCUGCUCAGAACGCUGGCAACAAGAUGAGUGAUAUGGUCAGGGCACUGUGCACCACCUGCUCCUUCGAGAUUAUUCAUCGAUGUAAAUUCGAGAAAGAUUCUUCGACCAAUGAGGAACUCAAACCUGGGGAGUUGUUCACCUGUACCUGCGGCAUGGCCUUCCUCCACGAACGUGAGUGCAUCCAUAAGGUUGGGGAGAGCUACGCUCCCAUCACCAUGGAGACGAGCCUCAUGAAGCAAGUGGGGAGGAGUCAUGUUUAUCUGUGCAAAGUCUGUGACUUUAAGUUUGUUAUUGAGAAUCUGAAGGAUGGGAGCCACUUCUUCAAGCAGAUGACUAAUAAGAAGGGGGAUAAAAUAAGGCAGGGGACUACUAUCAAUGAUCCUGUGGGACUGGAGGCCUUCACGUUUCAUAUUGAGAGGGUUAACAAUAUCGCUUGUCUUGGGGCGGAACCUGGGAUUGUUGAUGCCUCUUUCAAACAUAAGAUGGCGAGCAUUUGCCAGUGCAAUCAGGGCUGCUGCACUAUUUAUCAUGAGUGCGAGGCUUACAGUGGACUGUUGGAGGAGGGCGAGACGCUUUAAUUUCCUUGAGUCGGAAAGGAUUGGGGGGAUUUUUGGGAAAGAACAGGGAGUUUUUGGUUCUCAGGGCGAGGAUAGUCUUGAUUCCGCAAUAGAUUUUUUUUUAUUGAGAAAUUAAUAGUUUCUAUUUAAUAAUUAAACUUGAUCCAAGAAUAGAAGUUCUUCAGGAAUUUAAUUCUUCAAGAAUAAAAAUUCUUGAUUAAAGGAUAACAGAAUAUUCUCAUUUCACGAAGGGAACACUCAACUCCAGAAUUCCAGAUAAAUUUUGCUGAACUCAAAAUCCUUCGUUAUCAGAUCAUCGAUAUUUAUUCCCAAUUCAACUCGUUCCACGUUCUCAAUUCAAGAAAGCACUCCUCAAUUUUCACAUUCUCCUUUCUCCGUAAGUUGACAUUUAUAAAUAUUUGUUUAGUUUACCCAUUCGAUUGAUAGAGAUUUAUCAUCCAACAAAAAAAUCUCACGUCAACUUUGAAGGAAUCUUGUUUAGUUCCCCAUGAAAAUCAAUCAAAAUAUCCUAUAUGGUGGUCAGUGCCUUUGACAAUUCGAUGCAGAUAAAAGUAUCGAAAAAGAAAAAAAAAUCGCACUCAUGGUUCUUUUGACUCAUUAAUUACCCAACAAUUCAAUAAACAUUAAGUAGAUUUCAAUUCCCAUUUUCUACUCUAUUUUUCUUUUCGAGUUAAUGCACCCAAGUAUUUAAGUGAGAAUAUUUUACCGCCGGAAGUAACAAAUGUAGAACAGUUUGUCACGUUUUUUAUGUGUUUUUUAAUUGAAUGUUCGUGAUUACUGAGUCGAGUACCUGUCGAUGCAAUCAGGAAUUGCAGGAUUUAUCAUGAGUGUCAGAAUAAAAAAAAACGACGAUAUUGGAACCAAUGGAAAUGACAUUCCUCUAGAUGUUUAGUUUACAAAUUUUGCAUAGUCUAUUUUGUUGAAAGAGUGAUACUCAAAGUCCCUUGAAUAACCUCCACAUUUUCCAAAGAUAAAUAAUAAAAAUACAGUGGAAAAUAUAUCUCUGACCAAGCAGUAGAGACAGAAAAUAUUCCAACGUAAUAUUUGCAAUAAUCAGCUGAUUUAUAUUUUGUUCUUCACGUGCAGUAAUGAAUCAAUAAACAUUGAAUUGAAUUCAAUUGAGUUUUGCAUGAAUAUUUCUUAAUUUUUGUCGAUAAAUAUCAAAUCUUCGUUUCUUUAUAUCAAAUGGUAAUGAAAAUGAAAAGGUGGUUAGCAUUUCUCACUAUUCUGUUGUGUCUAGUGUUCCCUUGCAUUUCCCUAUUUCGUUCGAACCAUUUCAUGCAAAAAUUCAAUUACAAUUCACCUCAAGCAUCUGUUAUUUUUUCAUUAUUGAUGCAACGAACUGUCUCUGCGAGAAUAUUUUACGAAUAAAAAUAACGAGUGUUAAUGAGUUUAUAACAGUUUAUUAGAGUUUUUAUUUAUGGCUUAACAGAAUAUUCAUAAUUGUUGCGUUGAAUCUAUCAUCGCCUUGCUUCACGCUUCGAGGCCAGGUGUUCACUAUAAAUGAAAGGAAAAGUACUACGUGAGUUUUGGCUGAUUCUAUUGAAGCAUUUCGUAGCUUAUCUGCGCAUUUUUUAAAUAGAAAUGUUCAAUAGAAAAUAUUCUACAGAAAAACUCAAUGGAAUUAGAUUGUUCUGCACUACUUGUUCUAUUGACUAUUUUAUUUUUUAA